AUGUACCUGCUCCACAUGUGCUUCCCAAGGAGAUGCCGUCAUUGUGUGCAACUGACUUGUCUGGAAACUGUCCGGAAAUAUAGAGAAGCACUUACUGCCCUGACGUAUUCGAAGCCAAAGCCUGAAGUAGAAGAGCCUGAGGCAAAAGUAUCUCAGAGCGGAAGUAGGCCAAAGCCUGAAGUAGAAGAGCCUGAGGCAAAAGUAUCUCAGAGCGGAAGUAGGCCAAAGCCUGAAGUAGAAGAGCCUGAGGCAAAAGUAUCUCAGAGCGGAAGUAGGCCAAAGCCUGAAGUAGAAGAGCCUGAGGCAAAAGUAUCUCAGAGCGGAAGUAGGCCAAAGCCUGAAGUAGAAGAGCCUGAGGCAAAAGUAUCUCAGAGCGGAAGUAGGCCAAAGCGAGAAGUAGUCGAGCCUGACGCAGAAGUAUCUCAGAGCGGAAGUAGGCCAAAGCCUGAAGUAGAAGAGCCUGAGGCAAAAGUAUCUCAGAGCGGAAGUAGGCCAAAGCCUGAAGGAGAAGUAGUCGAGCCUAAGGCAGAAGUAUCUCAGAGCGGAAGUAGGCCAAAGCGAGUAGUCGAGCCUGACGCAGAAGUAUCUCAGAGCGGAAGUAGGCCAAAGCCUGAAGGAGAAGUAAUCGAGCCUGAGGCAGAAGUAUCUCAGAGCGGGAAUAGGCCAAAGCCUGAAGGAGAAGUAGUUGAGCCUGAGGCAGAAGUAUCUCAGAGUGGAAGUAGGCCAAAGCCUGAGGUGGAAGUAAUUGAGAGCCAAAGCCUGAAGGAAACAGUGAAUAGUGAUAGAAGUGGAAGGCAGAAACCUUGUGAAGAAGAAGUAGGCUAUUGAGCGACUGUUACAGGCCAUUAUUCAUGUUACAGGCCAUUAUUCAUAAGCUGCCCCUCAGUAAAUCAUUGUCGGGGUUCAUUCCAGGGCUGUUGCCCCACGUUAGUGAGAGCGCCCCCUGCCGCCAAUAUGUGAGCGGAGCAGCUCGAGCCAACAGCAGCCGUGAAGUCUAAGGGAAGGAAACAUGAGAGAAUUUACUCUGCUCAUCCGGUACAGCGGCCAUGAGACUCGGCCUCCCUUCCCAGAGAGUCGGCUCAGCUCAUUCCCAGCUAAACAAGUGUUUUACAUGACUUUAUAUAGCGGAUCCCCUGAAGGGGAGGAGACAAGGUCGGUGGGUCACAGAUCAGACCUGUCAGAAUGUGCCGUCACGUGAUCUGAUCGAUGCAGAAGAAACGAAACUCUUCCGCGCGUACUGAGCAACGGUUGCCAUGGGCCAGCAGCUAAAUCACCAUUGGCUGCUUAUUAACCAAUCGCAGAAAGAUGAGACUAAGCGAUAAGAAACUGACCCAAACCGCUACCUGCCCGAAUUGGUUUGAAAAAAGAGCGCGCUGAGAUGACAGGGACACGGAGAACUCCAGGAAUUCAAACAAACAAACAUGUAGAACGUUUAGUUGUCACUGUGUGAGUCGCUCUUGUCUCUCUCCGGUCUAAAUGUAUUGUGUCCAAUCACAGCCGCUGUCUGUACUGCAGGGGCGGGGCUUGUCAGGAUGGAGAGAUCGACUGGAGCAUCACUGACACAAUGACUGAGCGGGAAAUCAGAGGUGAGUACUGGCCCUCCCCCCAUAUACUGACACAUGAGACACAUCAGACCCCCACAAGCAGCACUGGCCGACCCCCAUGAGGAGCUUUAGAUGUCAUUAUCACAAGAGGAUUAUAUAGUGAAUAAAGUACCCCCUCUUGUAA